GGCCACGUGACGGCGCUUCCGCUUCCGCUUCCCCUUCACCUUCCCUUUCCCCGCCGCGGCCGCCAUGGCGCCGCUCCGCAGGCUAUUGCCGCUGCUGCCCGCCCUGGCGCUCGCCCUCGGCCCCACCGCCACGGCGGGCGGGGAGCGGCGGCGCCGCCGGCUGCUGGCGCUGGGGGAGGCGGAGGAGCUGUCGGCCUCGCUGUGGGGCGCGGGGCUGCCGGGGGACCUGCCCGAGCUGGAGCCCGAGUGCCGGCGCCUCCUGGCCGCCUUCGCCGAGGGCAGCGCGGCGCUGGCCGGGUGCCUGGGCCGCCGCGCGCGGCCCGUGCGGCUCUGCCAGGCUUGCCACCGCCACCACCGCCGCCUCCUGGCGCAGUACGCCUCCAUCGCCCGCGCCGUCGGGAAUUCUUCCGAGAGCCACAAUUGUGCCAAAAGCAUCUUGACCUCAGAUAGGCUACAGGUAGUUGUGAUGCUUUCAGAGUUCUUUAAUGAAACAUGGGAGGCAGCCAACUGCGCAAAUUGCUUAAAGAACAGCAGUGAGGGAUUAUCAAAUUCUACUGUAGAAUUCCUGGAUUUAUUUAAUAAAUCCCUGACGUGUUUUGAACGUAACCUUCAGGGACAAGCUAUCAAUCUGUCGCCAGAUAACUACACGGAAGUAUGUAAAAACUGCAAUGCCAGCUACAAAAUGUUGAAUGACCUGUAUAACAACUUGCAGAGGAUGAACAGACAAGGUGGUGAGUCGGGACACUCGGCGCACUUGUGUAUUGAUGUGGAAGAUGCAAUGAACAUCACUCGGAAGCUUUGGAGCAGGACUUUCAACUGUUCUGUUCCCUGCAGCGAUACAGUCCCAGUGAUUGCAGUUUCGUCCUUUAUUCUCUUCUUACCUAUUGUUUUUUAUCUUAGUAGCUUCCUUCACUCAAAGCAGAAGAAACGCAUACUCAUUUUGCCCAAGCGUAUCCAGUCAAAUGCCAGUCUUGUGAACAUCCAAGAAAAAUACAGCUGAGCUGCAAAACAAAACCUGAGAACUGCUGCUGGUAUACAGUGGGUACAAUUGUGUUGGAAUGAGGCCGGCACAAAAGAGGAGUUAAUUAUGGUUUAGUAUAAUGAUACAGAGCAACACAAGUUAAACAAAAUGCUGUCUGACUUCUAAGCGGGGAUAUUAACAAACAUGACAAGGCAGGGCUGUGUGACACUGUAUGGACUCUGGUUUUGAAAAAUCUGUUUUUUCAGGCUCAGGCUGAAGCUGAUGUUUUUCUGUCUUUAAGCUUUUGUACUUCUCAUCAGCAGAAUAGUUGCGCUUCCCUUGCAUGCUUUUUUUUGGUCUUUAUUUUUUCAUAUUUAUUUCACAAAAAUCUGUCAUGUCAUUGUCUUCCUUUCUGAACUGUCUGAGAUCCUGAGUCUUUCUGAGGUGAUUCUCACAGACAGGAGAAGCUUGAAAUAAUUUUUGAUGUUCCUGUUAGAAAUGUUAUGUUUAAUUCCAUGUAAUAUUCAGUCUUGUCAGAUCUUGGAUGUAUGGGAGACCAUUAAAAAAAGAAAAAGUAAAGUUCCCCUGUUUCUAAUAUCCCUCUCUAAAGCCAUGCUGCUCAGUUGAUUGUAAUGGUCUCUGUAAAAAGCAUGAAAUAUGCAGAGAACUGGUAAUAUAGUAUGCCCAAUGCCAGCAACAAAAGCAACAGAACUGCCAGUGCUAGACAUGAAUAGUAAUCAUUGAUGACUACAGUAUUCAGCUAUCUCUGAAACAGGCAGCAUAUUUAGUCACUUGCACACUUAAACCACUAAAAUCACUGCUUUUCAAAUGUUAAAUUUUCAGAGGCUUAUUUUAGAUGUCUGCCUGUGUAACUGAAUGCUUCACUGUUUAUCUCUUUAUUGAGUUGUUUCCUUUCCCUUUUGAAUUAUAAAGUCUUUUUUUAAA